AGGGGUUGCCCAGCGAGGACGGAAAAACAGGAGGCGAAAAACAAAAAGGAAAGCCAACGACCAAACAAUGUGAGAAAAUGCACGCGUGCGAAAAUGCUGCUGAAAAAGUAUGUGAAAACGCGGCGUAAGGUGAAGAUCCUUCUCCUGCUGGCCAUCGUGGGUCUGCUGGUCAUCACCAUCAUAGUGCUCGGCUCCAGCGGACGCAAUGCGGCCAUCGAACUGCUGCUCGACGAGCGCUUCAUCGCACGGGCCUACAGAGGACCCGGGGACCAGACGCCGGAGAAGCCCCAACCGGCGGUGGCCGUGGCCCUGCUCCAGCCCCAGCGGGAGAACGGAGUGAUUGUGCCCGAGAAGUACGACGAGCAGAAGAUCAAGGAGCGCAUCAUCCAGAGCAAAAUAGAUCUGAUGAAGCAGCAGCAGCAGCGGGACCACGAUGCCGACCAGGCGGCCAGAACCACUUUGGAUGUGGUGAUAUCAGCAGUGCACAUUUUCUACACAGCCCCAGUGCCCUGGUACAAGUCGAAGAAGCCACCUCCGCCGCCGGCGGAGCAUCCGAACGAUGUGCCGCUCACAACUCCGCGCCCAGUGCGGAUUCUCAACACGGCCUUCUAUCCGGCACUGGGUCUGUACAAGCCCAGCUCUUCGCUGCUCUCCCAGCACUUUGAGAACAUCCGCAGCUGUGGCAUAGGAGUGCUCAUCCUGAGCUUUACGGGUGGCAAGCCGGCGGAAACGGCGCUCCUGCAUCAGAUCCUGGAACUGGCUCCGCAGCACAACCUCAGCGUGACCUUUGAACUGAGUGUGGCCGGGAAUCAGAGCGUGGAGUUUGUGCGGCAGCAGCUGCACGAGAUUGCCACCUACUCCAGCCUGCCCGGAUUCUACAGGGUAUGGAGUCAGUCGAGAGGAGUCUCCCUGCCAGUUCUCUACGUCAGCAAUGCCUACAAGUUGAGUGAUAGUCUGGGCAGGCUGCUCUGCCGAACGCCUUCGCUGGUGGAACCGGAUGGACUGCGCAGGGUUCUGGAUGCCUUCUUCAUAGGACAUAUAAGGCUUAAAAGCCAUGCAGAUGUUUUGCGGCGGUUGUGUUUCGAUGGCUUCUACAGCAAACUGCCAAGCAAUGGAGCGGUCUUCGCCAGCACCUGGAAGAACUGGUCGUAUCUGAAGUCGUUUGCAUUGUCCUACAAAAUGCUCUUUGUGCCCACUGUGGGUCCGGGAUUUGCGGAGAGGAACAAGUUCCCGCGCCAUGGAGACAUUCAAAGGCAUCGCAGCAAUGGAAGGUACUAUGGAGUGGCCUGGCGGACGGCCAUCCUGAACCAUGUGGGCUUCAUAAACAUAGCCAGCUACAACAACUGGCCGGAUGGCAGCCAAAUCGAGGAGGUGAUGCCACGGGCCGGCUUCCUGGACUACAAUCCCGGCUCAAGAACCAAAUACCUAGAUCUCACAGCCCAUUGGGUGGGGAAUUUUGUGAAGACGCGCCAGGAGGCGGCGGCGGCAGCUUCUGCGGCAUCUCCACAAAAUUGCUACGAGCUCUUGAAUGGGACAAUUUGCUAGGCGCAUGCGCAACUUCCAUGACGAAAUGAUAAUCCUAGUUACUUUAGAAGCAAUAGCAACAAUUGCAGGCCACACAAUUACUUUUGAACUGUUAACGAGUCUUCUGCUGCACACACAUAUAUAUACACUACAUAUAUAUCGUUUUGAUAGUGAUAUUUUUAAUAACUCAGAUUAAUUCGAAACAUCAAGGGGAAUGACAAUUACAUGUCGAGUUCUUUCGCAAGAAAUUAAUGUAACUAUAUUCUGUCAAAAGGUUGUGCAUGAAAACUAAACAAAAUAUAUACUUAAAGCCAAUUAACAAUUCCAAAAAAAACACAACUAUGGAAUACUAGUAAAUUUCUUGCCAAAACACUCGACAAAAUAGUAAAACGCAAAUGAAAGCAAUUAAAAUUGAUAUCAAUUACAAGUAAUUCUAGAGUCAGACAUACUUUUUUAUUAAAUCUAUACUAGCUUUCAAUUAUUGUAGUAUAUAGAGAAGAACAAUAUCAUAACUUAAUGCCAUGCCAUAUUAUGUAGACACCAAAGGAAAUUAUCUAUGUUAUAACGGAUAUAUAAACUAAACACUUGUUAAACGAUUGGUACUUACAAAAUUUUAACUUUAUUACGAGUACAAUAUACGAAUACU